GACUCCCCCUCUCCGUCCUUCCACUCUCCUCCAUGGGGUUGGGAGAGGGGAAAGGGGACAACCCUCAAGAUGGGUGGUGUUGGUUAGUCAGUGAGCAGUUCAGUGCAACACUAUCACUGCCUCGGGCAAAGAGAGUUGACUUUAAAGGCAGAAUGGCACAUCGUACAUUGCUCUGUUUAUUAUUAGUAGCAGUUGUCUUGGCAAAGCCAGCCGACGAAGAGAAAAAAUCCAGAGUACACAGUGAAAAGUUAAGUGACGAGGAGCACUUUGUAAAUGACGAACACAAUGUAGAUUACGACCACGAAGCUUUCUUGGGAGAAGACGAGGCUCGGACUUUUGAUCAGCUCACGCCUGAGGAAAGUAAAGAUAGAUUGAGCGGGGUAAACCGAGGAUGGAAGAGGCAGGGGGUGCCAACAACCCAGAAAAUAAAAAAACUUUUAAAGGCCAAUUACAAGGCCAUGGUAUAUGGCUUCAUGGACAAUAUGGACCCAUCUGAACUAGAUGAUGAUGCAGAGGGUAUGACAUACGCUGAAAUGAUGAAGCGAGAUCAGCGCCGAUGGGAAAUGGCAGACAAAGAUAAUGAUGGUGGUCUCUCACUGGAAGAGUUCACAGAUUUUCUACAUCCAGAAGAAGCUGAGCACAUGCAGUCCAUCGUAGUGACGGAAACAAUGGAAGAUAUUGAUAAGGACAAAGAUGGCAAAAUUUCUUUAAAAGAAUAUAUUGGUGACAUGUACCGUGGUGGCGAUGACGAGUUUGAACCAGCAUGGGUUAGCAAUGAACGGGACCAGUUCAGAGAGUUCAGAGACAAGGAUGGUGAUGGGUAUCUUGACACAGAAGAGGUGAAAGGCUGGAUUAUUCCACCUGACUAUAACCACUCUGAGGCAGAAGCUAAGCAUCUCAUUUAUGAAGCGGACACUGAUGGUGACAAAGUGCUUACUAAAGAAGAGAUCCUCAAUAAGUAUGAUGUUUUUGUGGGCUCUCAAGCAACAGAUUUUGGUGAAGCAUUAGUCAGACAUGAUGAAUUUUAAUUUUUUAUCAAGUGGUUAGGAAAUUAAGAGACAAACAACAGUGGUAAAGUGUAUAGUAUGUGAACUUGCUUCUGCAAUACUGACAGAACACAUGCCCAUAAACUUAGCUUUGCAAAAAUAUAUUUGUUAUAAAUGAAAAUAAUUUUGUAAUACAUUGGGUAUCUUCAGUAUGCCCUUUUCCCACUCGAUAAAAAACAAUAACCUUCAGAUUAAAACAGGUACCAGUAAACAUUGACUUUUUUUCAGUGUACAUAUUAAAAUGCAGCUUAGAUUCAUCAGCCUGAUGUGGGGAAAUUUGUGUGAUUAUCAGAGCUGUAUUGUGUGUAACUGUGUCACAAAUGCAUAACCACAAGUCUGAUGCCAAAUAUAGGAUGAGUAACAUCUUGGUGUGCAGGGUGAUUACCCAUAAACUUCUUGCAUUGUUUUAAUCAUUAUUUAAAGAUAAUAUGCUCAUUGAAUUCAUUUUAUUAUAUUUAACAGCUCGUUUAUCUAAUACUUUUAUAAUGUUUGAUGGUGAUCAAGUACACCAGAUAUGUAAGGAUGACAGAUUAACAAAGUACAGUAAUUGACAAGUGGACAUGUAUCCUAAUCCAUUUUCAAAAUUGGGUAAAAAUGUCCUUGUCUUUGUUAAACAUUAUUUUGCAUUUGCCAAAGAGGAAUUUAAGUUAUGUUGCUGUUUUUCAGUCUCAGGGGUGAGAAAUCUCUACAUAUUACUGUUCAAGGCUCUGGGACAAGAUGCCAGUUAUAUACAGUAAUCAGUGCAAUUUUCUCUCUUCUGCUCCAGAUUAUUAGUGUUGGUGAUACAUUACUUCAUAAUUUUUCUACAGCAAUAAGUAUGUGAUUUUCUUUUCUUAAGACCAAAUCGGCUGUUUCACUUGUUCUUUGCUAAAAGUUCUUGCCGAAAAUGAGCAAUGUUUUGCCUCGCAAAUGUCUUUUGAUACAAUACAUGCUUCAUGUAAUUCCCCAUUGACAAUUUAUUACUGCUUUACUAUUCAGGACACCUACCUAGCCAAAGCAUGUGCACACGAAUACAGUGGACCCCCGCAUAACGAUCACCUCCGAAUGCGACCAAUUAUGUAAGUGCGUUUGUACGUGUAUGUUUGGGGGUCUGAAAUGGACUAAUCUACUUCACAAUAUUCCUUAUGGGAACAAAUUCGGUCAGUACUGGCACCUGAACAUACUUCUGGAGUGAAAAAAUAUCGUUAACCGGGGGUCCACUGUACAUACACACACUAGACCACCUCUUUCAGUCUGCAGAGUAAUUUAUUCAGGUUGAGAUUUUUUUUUUUUUCCAAUAGCCAAGGUAAAGUGACCUAAAGAAAAAACAUUCACUCAAAUAAUUUCAUGUAAGUUUAAAUUUUAAGAGAAGCAAUACAUAAUUUAUUAGAGAUGUACAGUUAACCCAAGUAUGCUAUUUUGAUAAAUGACUGCCCCAAUGUUUUGGAAAGUACUAGCCCUUGUGGCUUAGCACUUCUUUUUUAUUAUAAUAAUAAUAAUAAUUGGAAGGGACUUGCCAGUUAAUGGAAACACUAGACCUCAUAAGGUAAGAUUUAGCGAAUGUAAAUACCAGAUUCCUUGGGCACAGUUGACAUUAGUUGUAAUCUGUUACUUCGGACUUCAUAAAUAUCUUUCCAAAAAUAUUGGCCUUUAGGGAAUUCACUAUACUGCACAGUAAUUUUAGAAAUUGUACAUACCAGUAUUAACAUGUUCCAGAGGACUACUAUUUUCUCAUUUCUACUUGGAAUAAAUAUUUUGAAUGAGCAGUAUGCUAUUCCCAACACAAUCAAAUUUUGUGAAUGUUUUAAUAUGUGAAAUUAAUUUAUUUUUAUAUUUAAUGUGAAUAAAGUUGUAUAACUUUUAUGUAAAAAGCUAUUAGUUAUGGAACUUUCAAAACAGGUAAUGUAUCAAAUUCUUACCUGAUUAAAUUUCAUACAAGAAUACUGUAGUGCUGCAGUUUUAUAUUUCAGCAUAUAAUAGUGUAUGCAAUAAAAACAAUUUUCACAUGGUAAAUCAACCAACCACAAGGCACUUUUUCCCUGACAAUUCCUAUAUUUUUUGUUGCUAACACAUCCUUUUAUAGUUUCUUACUAUUAGAUGAUCAGAAGAUUGAGAAAAGUACCUUUUCAGUAAAAUAAAAGAUAUUCUCAAGUGAGCCAAAUGUAUCUAACAAAUUAGAUGGUCUGCUCAGACUUGUUUACUGUUACUAUAAUUGUGGGACCCACCAAAGGAAGUUGCCUUUAUGGUGAGGGACUUUUGAUCCAAGGAAAAGUACUUUUUCUCCCCUUCCUUGAAUCAGAGUUGAUUGCUUCCUAUUUCCCAGGAGUUGUAUGACCACUGUGGACUUAGCACUUUUCCCUAGCAUAAUUGAGAAGCAUUAAAUUUGCAGGGUUCAGCACCCAGGAAUGGGAGGCAGUUCAGUUCAAGAAUUAUAGAUUAAAUUCCUUGGAUAGAGCCUUCCCUUACAGGCAUCAAGACAACUUCCUUGAAGGGUACUGUUACAAUAUACUUUUUUGUAAAUUUUCAUUCAUGUUUUAUAAUAAACAGUAAAGCUUA